AUGUCUGGUCGCUCAGCACUCCGUCUCACCAGGGCCGCAGCUCCCCUCUUUAGCACCGCCCGUGCAUCUGCCCGUAUCUCUAGAUCUCUCCCCGCAGCUCACCGAGCUUUCAGCCAGUCAACCAUUCGAUCGCGGAGUGAUGUAGUACGCGAGACCGAAGUUCCAGUUUCCGUCUACUCCCCAGACUCGACGGGUGCUGCCGGUUCGACCAGCGACCACUUCAGCAUCCCCGUGAACCGCGACGAUGCCACACCGAAGCCAUUCCCUCCCCCCGAGGACACCGAGGUCAUCCCAUUGUCCAAGACUGUCUACCGCCAAAUGCCCCCCACCCUGCAGAAGAUGAGCAUAAUGGACAAGGUGGUUAUUAUCACUGGAGGUGCUCGGGGUCUCGGAAAUCACAUGGCUCGCGCUUGUGCUGAGGCUGGUGCUAAGGCUCUUGUUAUUUUCGAUGCGAACCAAGAACUUGGUGACGAAGCUGCUGCUGAGCUACACCAGAAGACCCAACUCCCCGUUUCCUUCUUCAAGGUCGACGUCCGUGACGGUGCCGCAAUUAAUGCUGCCGUCGACUCCGUUGUCGAGACCUACGGCGCCCCUGAUGUCUUGAUCAACAGUGCCGGUAUCGCUGAUUCCAACAUCAAGGCCGAGACCUACGACCCGGCCAUGUUCCGACGCCUAAUCGACAUCAACCUAACUGGUUCGUUCUUGAUGAGCCAGUCGGUCGGACGCGCGAUGAUGGCUGCUGGCAAGCCUGGAUCUAUUGUUCUUGUUGCUAGUAUGAGCGGUAGCAUCGUUAACUAUCCACAGGAGCAAUCUUGCUACAACGCAUCUAAGGCCGGUGUUAUUCAAUUCGGCAAAUCUCUGGCUGCCGAAUGGGCCAAGUACAACAUCCGUGUUAACUCCAUCUCUCCCGGUUACAUGGACACUGCGCUGAACCGCGUACCCGCCCUUGAGGCCCAGAAGAAGAUCUGGCGCUCUUUGACUCCCCAGGCCCGCCUCGGUAAUGUUGACGAGCUUAACGGCCUUUGCGUCUUCCUUGCUAGCGAUGCCAGCAGCUUCAUGACGGGCGCCAACGUCGCUAUCGACGGUGGUUACACUGUCCUAUAA